GACAACUAUGCUCUUGUCACGACCGGCAUACUUCAAAUCCGACGGACUGACGACAGAGAUAAAGAUGUGGCGGCACUCGGCGACAAUGUAUAUCGCUGAAGUGCCUAAUGAACCAUCAACAUCCCAACGGUCCUUCCACCGAAGGUUCUAGAAGAAAGAGCACGUGGUAACGAUCGCGGACGCCUAGCAAAUGCAUGGACGGUGGGGAUGUUGAGGGACGACAAAAGAAAGUAAUCGGAUCCGAUCGAAAGUAAAAUCAUAAGAGUCAGUCUUAGAAAGUCACGCCUAGAGUUCGGAAGUAGAUUGUAAAGUGUAUUGAUGUUAGAAAAAAAAUAAAGUUUUCUUUUUUUUUAUUUUUUACCUCAAAUUCCUUUUUUUUAUUUUGUUAUUUUACGUGACAUUUUGGCGAUCCUGCCAGGAUAGUGAAAAGUGUUUGUUCGGAAACCAAAAGACAUUCAUCAUCUACGGAAGAUCGAAUUAUUUGGGACUACGGUCAUCCGCAACAACAAAGUAACUAUCACGAACCAAGUGAAGUAACAAUAAAAGCGCAAUAAUGUCUAAGGCAAACGAAUCUCAAACUUCAACCUCAACUGACCCAAUGUUGCGAGCAAUAUGGGACAGUAUUCAAAAACAGAACGAGAACAUUGCCCUUUUACGAGAGGAAAUGUUACGUUUGUCUAUGCAAAAUGACGAAGAGAACAGACACAGGGCAGCAGAAAUCGAGAAUCUCGGAAAAACCGUCGCAGCGCUACGGACUGGGUUCGGAUCCCCUGCGACCGAUGAAUUUGCUUCCAUUAUCACCGAAGACAAUGAAAGUGCGUCGACAGCAAUCAAUCGCACCGUGAAUAUGGCAAAAGCACGCAAACUCCCAGGGUUAGCAGCUCCAGACACCCCACCUGUCCACCUCGACAUCGAACAACCCGAGGUGGAAGAAAGAGGCUAUUUUCCGCCCGCUCCUCCCACUCUACGAGCUAAGGAUGCAAUACGCUACAUCCCAACGCUCAACGGAGAUGAUGAUGUAGGAGUUGAAGACUUCAUCAAAGAAGUGAGAAGUAUGAAGGAUCGCUGUAUGGAGCAGAUCUAUUGCUAA